AUUUUAAACAGUCCUGGUAACGUAGAACAUUUCGAGAAGGUUGACCAGCAGCCCUAAGAGGCGGCAAUUGGUAACCAAUAAAAAGUCGAGAAAAGGCUUUGUAAUGGGUCGGGGGCUAAAAAUAGAAGCUUUAUAAAGCGCAUGCGAAUCAGAUGGCGAUCUUUUUUUUUUCCCUUGUCCACCUUUUUUUUUAUGUUGACAAGUCGGACAGCAAGGGGAGGCCAAGACAGAAGACUAAAAUCCAACCCCUUUACCGCAUAUUACUUUACCGCUUUACGUAAAGAUGUCUUACGCAUGUUUCUUCUGGCAUUCACAGAUCUAAUCGCUUGGCGUCUGAAGAGGCGAGAGACUUGCCGAGGAGGCUUCCGUGCUGUCUAAGCCCCCUUUCCAUGCAUCCUUCUCGAAGGACUCGAAGGGCUGGGCAUUGCAUGUACGUGUCAUUGGUACUUUGAAAUCACUAGCCACUGUAUUGGAUUGCAUAUCCUUGGUGCGUUCCCUUGGUUGGAGAAUUUUACGGAUGCUUCGUAUCCUUAUCUAGGACUUCUCUUACCUAUUCCCGCGUGCACGAUUUGAUAACUACGGGGUUUAGCCCAUCCUUUCUGCCGACUUCCUGACGCUCAGCUUUUAAACUAAAGUACCCAGCCUUACAGGUUCCUUGUAGUUUGUUCCCUAGUAAAAACGGCGGUAGUGGUGGUGUCAGAGUCUCUA